GCGUAUUGGGUGUUUCGAGUGUCACAGAGGCAUUCGGAGUGACAGUACCUUCCGACUAAGUCUGUGCAGGAAUUCAUCAGUGCCUGUAAAAGCGGGGUGUCAUAAAUGUGUCUCACAUGGGAAACGUAUGAGACGAAUCCGUGAUAUCCGGUACAAUUCCUCUUUCGCCUCUGUCGAGUCCAGUAUGCGCUCGUCCAUUACUGUUCAUCUGACCAAUGUGCAUCUGUGUAAAGACGGACACUCUCACUAAUACUAACUCUUCCUGGCCAUCGUUCACCAUCAGCCGGCGGCUAAAAGCUUUUCUAAUUGUUUUUGUGCCACACUGCUUUUGAUAUUCAAUUUGACAAUAUUGGUUUGUCAAUCAGUUCGGGCGCAGAAAGCCUCUAUCGUCUGUAGACGCAAAUUGAAAAUUUAAUACCGUUCCAACCAUUUACCGAGAAGAAGGAAUUAUAAAUAUAUCUAAUGACUCAUUUAGGCUUCAUACACAUUUGCCGUUUUCUCGCUACUGAUUGAAAAUCAGAAAUCAAUAUAAUGUGUUUUGCUUUACGGUGGAUUUUUCUCCGAAUUUCAUAGCCUGUGACCGUAGGACGAACUGCGAGACUUGCCCUUACUUUCUCCGAACCCUAAUCACAGGACCGCCGCACAGAUUGCCAAUCAUACACAAGGCUGAUUCCUGAUGCCAUACUGAGUAUAAUUCACUUCAACCAUAACGCACCGGAAGUGCCAAAGAGUAACCAACGGAUGUGAGAUGUCCGCAACAUGUGGUUUGGGGUAUUUGUGAUAACCUUGACCUCUCUCGUGGUCACAACAUGUUCCGUGUUGUACCGGUACGAACUACGGGGCUUCGUGGAGGAAGACAAGACCUGCUGUAACGGCACGCUGGCGUUCGUCACCAACACGACGCACCUGCCGUGUUCCAAUAUGAGGUGCUGUGACCGGACUGAGAUGGUCGCCGUUGUACCAGUGAACUAUGCCCUUGGUUUCGGCUUCCGCUGCUUGCCAAGGACCAAAAUAGCUACAAGAUGUAUCCACCACGGCCAAACGGUAGUGACGUCAAACGAGACUUUUGUGACGUACGAAGCCCGUGUGUGCUGUGAGGGCAGCAAGUUUAACGUAUUCAUCAACAAAGAUGAUGUGGCGCUCACGAUAAAGUGUAUGACACGGAGGUGACAUAUAUGUACACUUCUAAAAGACUUAAAAGAAGACAUUUUUCAUACAAGAUCAUGUGAUUUGAAAAGGGGACAUAUUUGUUUGGCACGCGCAGAUAAUAAAAUAGGCGUCUUUAGAGUUGUCAGUCUCUAUGAUAUCAUUUCGUAUAAAUACAUCGCUUUCAUUUGCUUCUGAUCGAAAGACAUCUGAAAUUCCACGUUCCUUAACAGAUGUUAUACCCCCCCGCUCUCUCUCUCUCUCUCUCUCUCUCUCUCUCUCUCUCUCUCUCUCUCCUUCACUGUGUCUCGCGCCUGCUUGUAUUGUUUUUUCUUCUAUUAUAAGUAAAACAU